AAAGAGUGAGAAAAAUAAAAAAAUGGCAUCCAUGGUGACAUAGUUUUAUGUUGACGAAGAAGAGACGGGAGUUUCUUCAAAUUCCCGCCACUGCUUCACAGGGUUUAAGAGCUGAAACUCUUGUACCAUGGGUGAUCUAUCAAGGGAGGAUAAUAGCAACACUGCAUGACUCAUUUCAAGCAUUUGAAGAGAUAUGCUCCAUAGCAGAACAGAAAAAAGUGGACUUCCUACUUCUAGGUGGUGAUCUUUUUCAUGAAAACAAGCCAUCAAGAACAACAUUAGUGAAAGCAAUUGAGAUUUUGCGUCGAUAUUGUCUUAAUGAUAAACCAGUGCAAUUCCAAGUUGUCAGUGACCAGACUAUAAACUUUGCAAAUGUGUUUGGUCAUGUAAACUAUGAAGAUCCUCAUUUCAAUGUUGGCUUACCAGUGUUCAGUAUUCAUGGAAAUCAUGAUGAUCCUGCUGGAGUGGAUAAUCUUUCUGCAGUUGAUAUUCUUUCAGCAUGCAAUCUUGUAAAUUACUUUGGGAAAAUGGUUCUUGGAGGAUCUGGGGUUGGGCAAAUCACUCUCUACCCAAUUCUUAUAAAAAAGGGUUCAACUUCUGUUGCUUUAUAUGGCCUUGGAAAUAUCAGAGAUGAACGUCUAAAUAGAAUGUUUCAGACUCCACAUGCUGUACAAUGGAUGCGACCUGAAGCUCAAGAAAGCUGUCAAGUGUCAGAUUGGUUCAAUAUUCUUGUGCUUCAUCAAAACAGAGUGAAGACAAAUCCCAAGAAUGCCAUAAAUGAACAUUUUCUACCUCGGUUUUUGGACUUUAUAGUUUGGGGGCAUGAACAUGAAUGUCUUGUGGAUCCUCAGGAAGUUCCAGGUAUGGGUUUCCACAUCACUCAACCAGGUUCUUCUGUUGCCACAUCACUUAUUGAUGGUGAAUCAAAGCCAAAACAUGUACUUCUUGUAGAAAUUAAGGGAAAUCAAUAUCGCCCAACUAAGAUACCACUACACUCUGUAAGACCUUUUGAAUAUAAAGAGGUAGUGUUAAAGGAUGAAUCUGACAUUGACCCAAAUGAUCAAAAUUCAAUUCUUGAACAUCUGGACAAUGUGGUAAACAGUCUGAUAGAAAAAUGUGGUCGAAGGGAUGCUAGAAAUUCAGAGGUUAUGCUUCCACUUAUCCGUGUAAAGGUUGAUUAUUCUGGAUUUAUGACAAUAAACCCUCAAAAAUUUGGUCAAAAGUAUGUGGGCAAGGUUGCAAAUCCACAAGAUAUACUUAUCUUUUCAAAAGCUUCAAAGAGAGCUCAGGGUGAAGCAAAAAUUAAGGACACUGAUCGAUUGAGACCUGAAGAACUGAAUCAGCAAAACAUUGAAGCUUUAGUAGCCGAAAGUCAACUGAAAAUGGAGAUUCUUCCAGUGAAUGAUUUAGAUGAAGCAUUACACAAUUUUGUUAACAAAGAUGACAAGAUGGCUUUUUACUCUUGUUUACAAUACAAUCUUGAAGAAACCCGUAAAAAUAUAUCUCGGGAUCCAGAUAACCUGAGCGUUGAAGUUGAGGAUAUAAUUGUCAAAGUGGAAAAGUGUUUAGAGACACGUGUGAAGGAAAGAUCCAAGUCUAAAGAAGAUCAACCAUUUUCAUCUAGUGCUCAAUUCGAUGAGAAUAUGAUAAAUAAAGCUCCUGGAAUUGGAAGUGCAGUUUCUUUUAGUGAUGAUGAUGAUGAAAGCACACAGUUUAUUGGGUCAAAGUCUACUGCCAGGGGCAAAAAAGGAACAUUACAAGGAUUUAAAUCAGCUCGUGAUGUCACUGAAGUCAGCAAAACUUCAAGAGGAAGGGGUAGGGGUAGUAGGGGGGGUAGGGGGUCUAAUAGUUUGAAGCAAACUACCCUUGAUGCAUCCAUCAUGUUUCGUCGUUCAGAAAGAUCAGCAUCAGUUGCUGCAUCGGCUUCUGUUCAAAGUAUAGCUGUUGAUGAAGAAAAUUUAGAUUCUGAUUCGAGUGAUGAAGCUGUGAAAUUUGGAUUAAAUGAGCUUCAUGAUACUUCGGGGGAUGAUGACACGAGUAUACAAGGUAAGGGCCGAAAAAGAGGUGCUGCUCCUAGGGGAAGAGGUAGGGGGUCCACUUCUGCUAAAAGGGGAAGAAAAUCAGACAACACUUCAUCAUCAAUCCAACACAGGAUGAUGAGUAAAGAUGAUGAUGAUGAUGAUGAUGAUGUUCCAAAGAAAACAAACAAGUCUCAACCAAGGGCGACAAGGAACUAUGGUGCAUUAAGGAGGUAGCACAAGCGAGGGUAUUAUCGUAAUUUUGUAGUGUUAGUGUGUGUGUGUGUGUGUGUGUGUGUGUGUGUGUUUCUAUGUAUAAUCCAGGCCAGGUAAUCUGCAUUUUUUGAUUUUGACAUGCAGUAGUUAAUGAUUUUGAUUUGUAGUUGAGAUUUUGUGAAACUGUAAUAAAAAAGUUUUGAGAACAAUGUAAAAUCCAGAGUUUGUGAGCUUUCUUCAAAAAGAAAAAAAAAAAUUG